UGAAGUUUAUGUCAAGCAAAAGUUUCUUUUUAAGUAAUGUAUUUCAUAUGUAACAUAUAUAAUACAUAAUAUAUGCAAAAGGAAAAUGAAUGAGUUAAAAGUGCGCAGAGGCAUGACGCAUAUGUUCUCUUUGGUGUUGGUGAUAUGCACAAUGGUUAUAUCAGCCUCCACAGAUUUCAAGGCAUUGAAAUGUCCACCGUCACCAGCACAGUGUCAAUACGACGUCUCAGUUUUUGAUGAACACUUUUACUUUGUAGAAGAUUUGAAAUUUGUAAUAGUUUAUAGAGGAACAUAUUUAUCGUUUAAAUGCCCCGAAGGCGUAGGCUUCGAGAGCGAAUCGAUGCCUCGGUUUUCAAGCGCGGUGCGCGUUCAACUGCUGGUGCUGACGCACUGCGCCGUGCCCGCCGCGUCCUUCGCGAGCGCUCUCGCCGCGCUCAACGUCACCGUGCUCGAUAAACUCAUCCUGAGGGAACCGCGCGGCGACCUGCGGUCCUUCCAUAUGACGGGCCUCGGUGUGUCGGCGCUCGAGGUGCGGGCGAAGGAGCGGGUCGCGCUGGAGGAGGAGGCGCUGGGCCAGCUGGGCGCGCUCGCUGAGCUUUGGCUGGUGGGCGUGGCGCUGCCGGAGGCCGCUCUGCUGCGCCUGCCGGCAUCGCUGCUGUACCUCCACAUCGAGUCCUGCAACAUGACCGAGUUCGCGACGCCGGCGCUUCGGAGACUUUCGUCCCUCGUUCACUUGCGACUAUAUGAAAGGACUUUGACCGUGGCGCCGGAUUUGAGCGCCGUUCCGUCUCUGCGAUCCGUUUCGUUUAUUGCUCCGUUAAACGGCUUGCCCUCGUCGAACACUGUGAAGAAUCUUACGUCGCAGAAUUGUAAUAGUUUGGAGAUUCUCGGCGAGUGCGGCGCCCUGUCGCGGCUGGAGGUGAGCGGGGCCGGCGGCGCGCCGGGGGCGGGCUGGCUGGCGCGCUGCCCCGCGCUGGCCGAGCUGGUGCUGAGCGACACGCGGGUGGACGCGCUGCCGGCGGACCUGGUACGCGCGGCGCCGCGGCUGCGUCGGCUGGCGGUGCGCGGCUGCAGGCUGCGUCACCUGCCGCCCGAUCUGUUGGCGCAUACGCGGGAUUUGCAAGAACUCGAUUUCUCCAACAAUCGACUCGAAACGUUGCCCGAGCAGCUGUUGGUGUCCGUGCGCGCGCUGCGCUCGCUGGAGCUGAGCAACAACCGGCUGACGCUCGCCGGCGCCCGGGCCGCGCUCGCGCCCACUUCGCUGCACCGCCUGGUGCUGGACGGCAACCCGCUCGGUGACUUCUGCCAAGCCGGCUCCGACGCGCUCUACCCGGACGGCGUGUCGGCGCUGUUCGAGAUGCGCGCGCUGCGGACACUGAGCCUAGCCCGCACCGCCCUCACCCGCCUCUGUGCCGACUGGCGCCGCGACAUGCGCGCCCUCGCCCGCCUCGACCUGCGCCACAACAACAUCUCCGCGCUGCAGGCGGCCGACCUGCAGUGGAGCCGCAACGUGCCCGCCGAGGUGUUGCUGCAGGGCAACCCGCCGAUUAGUUUGCUAACGGUACUUUCAAAAGUUUUUGAAAAACUACUUCUCCGGAGAUUGAUGCCCAUACUACACGAAAAACAUGUAAUACCAGACCAUCAGUUCGGCUUCAGACAAGAACUUGGAACCAUCGAACAAGUGCAUAGAGUGUGCAACAUAAUAAGAAAGUCACUAGAAGAUAAAGAAUACUGCUCAUGCGCAUUUCUAGAUAUACAGCAGGCAUUCGAUAGGUCACAAGGACCCAAAGACUGCUACUGCAAUGCUCCAGAGUGGAUUAAAUGA